UAACAUAUCUUUAAUAAUAUAAACAAUGAACAGCAAUUUAUUGGCAUUGCGUCCACUAAUGCGCGCCUCUCAGCGACGCUUUGCAACGAAACUGACCGACCACCAGACGGCGAUGAUGGCGCGCGGUCUGCCCAAAAGGGAGAAACUGAUUGGUGUCGAAGAUAUUAUAGUGGUAGCGUCUGGAAAAGGGGGAGUUGGCAAGAGUACCGUGGCAGCUAACUUUGCCUGCAGCCUGGCCAAGCUGGGAAAGCGUGUGGGUCUGUUGGACGGUGAUAUUUUUGGUCCGAGCAUUCCACUUUUAAUGAACGUGCACAGCGAGCCCCAUGUGAAUAGCCAGAAUCUAAUGAUUCCGCCCCAAAAUUACAACGUAAAGUGCUUGUCAAUGGGCAUGCUUACACCAUCUGAUGGAGCAAUUAUUUGGCGCGGCCCCCUGGUUAUGUCAGCCGUACAGCGCCUGCUGAAGGGAGCCGAAUGGGGUCCGUUGGAUGUUUUGGUCAUAGACACUCCUCCCGGUACGGGAGAUGUUCAUCUCUCGCUAACCCAGCAUUCGCCCAUUACAGGUGUUAUUUUGGUGUCCACCCCGCACGCCGCAGCUGUAGAGGUUACGCUGAGAGGUGCGAAAAUGUUUGAAAAGUUAAAUGUUCCCAUCUUUGGUCUGGUGGAGAACAUGAGGUACUCCAUUUGCGACAGCUGCAAUCAUCGCAUAGAAUUUUUCAAAAAAUCUCCCAGCUCGCAGUCGCUUCCUGACACGAUUAUAUCCUUGCCACUGAACGCACACAUUGCAGAGUGCGGGGAGGAAGGUGUGCCUGUAGUUAUUAAGUACCCAAACACCGAAUAUUCCACACUCUUUACUCAACUGGCUGAACACACUCUACAAGCCAUAGGGGAGCGGAAGAAGUUUUCACAACAAGACUCGAAAUGAUAUGAUUAACUAGUUUAUAAAAUUAACAAAACAAAACCAUU